UGUUCGCUUUCUCCUCCCCGUUCUCACAGGUGUGGCAUUUUGGUAGAGCUUUCGUUGUCGUUCCUCCUCCACUCCUUGCCGGGACAGGAGCCGAAAAGGUUGGUCUAUCUCUGUGACAAGGGCAGGUGAGGCUGAGCUUUGACUGUUUCCUAACAGAAACUCAAAGUUGCAGGCCAGAAAGGAAGGGAAAGAGCCCAGAAAGAUAGAAGAAAGCCUACGGCAUGGAGACAGCAAGGACCAAUGGGACCACCGGGAAGCCAGAAGAAGGGAAGAACUCAACCUCUCCUAAGAAGGAGGGAGAAGAAGGGAAGAAAGCCACCAGCCCAAAUCGAGGGGAGAAGGACACCAACAAAAACAAUGCCUCAGUGGAAACAGGCCAACUGAAAAAUUCUAUUUAUGCUGGGGGUGACUGGAAGAGACCAAUCAUCCAGUUUGUGGAAUCGUCCGAUGAGAAGAGGUCAACUUACUUCAAUAUGGAGUCCGGAGAAUCCAAGAAGUCCAACUUCCCAAAUGUGCAGCUUGGAGAACCUCGAAGGGCCCAAGUUUCCUUCCCUGAGAGAGGAGAUCUGAGGAAGUCCUUAUUUAACAUGGAAGCAAAGAAACCCUUUGCUAAUGAAGGGGAGGAGAAAAAGUCGCUGUAUUCGAGCGGGGCGAUUGCAGAUCUCAGGAAGCCCAUUGCCUCCCUCCGGGAAUCGGGAGAAGCCAAGAGGAACAACUACAACCGGCCCAGCCGAAGUCCCACCUCCAGGCCCCGCAUCCUGGAAGAGGUCCUCUGUGACUCCUGCAUCGACAACAAGCAGAAAGCGGUCAAGUCCUGCCUGGUGUGUCAAGCCAGCUUCUGCGAGCUCCACCUGAAGCCCCACUUGGAAGGGGCGGCUUUCCGGGACCACCAGCUCCUGGAUCCCAUCAAGGACUUUGAAGCCCGGAAAUGCCCCGUCCACGGCAAGACAAUGGAGCUCUUCUGCCAGACGGACCAGGUCUGCAUCUGUUACCUCUGCAUGUUCCAAGAGCACAAGAACCACACCACGGUGACGGUGGAGAUCGAGAAAUCUGGGAAAGAGACUGAACUCUCUCUGCAAAAGGAGCAGCUACAACUCAAGAUCAUUGAACUUGAGGAUGAGGUGGAUAAAUGGCACAAAGAGCGGGACCGUAUCAAGAACUUUACCACCAACGAGAAAGCCACGGUAGACCAGCAUUUCAAAGAGCUGAUCCGUGACUUGGAGAAGCAGCGGGAUGAAGUGAAGGCUGGCCUGGACCACAGGGAGAAGGUUGCGGUGGAGAACAUCAAGGAGAUUGUGGAGGAACUGGAAGAAAGGACCAAGCUGUUGCAAGAAGAUAAGGAGACGAGGGAGCAGAUCAGCCAAAUCAGUGACUCAGUGCUCUUCCUACAGGAAUUUGGUGCAAUGAUGAGGAACUACACAAUCCCGCCAUCUCUGCCGACCUACAGCAUCCUGCUUGAAGGCGAGAACAUGAGCCCAUCCAUGGGGGUCCUUAGAGAUGACCUCCUGAACGUAUGCAUGAGACACGUUGAGAAGAUCUGCAAGGCAGACCUCAGCAGGAACUUCAUUGAGAGGAACCACAUGGAGAAUGGAGAUCACCGCUUCAUGAUCAACAACUACUCUGACUGGAACCAGCCAGAUAGCCUGAAGAGGUUUUCCAUGUUUUUGAAUCCAAAAGGAGGGAACUACAACUCCAGAUCCUGGGAGUUUUCUACCAUGCAGACGGCUGCGGAGGAGACGCUUGCAACAGGGAAUUCUGCUUUCUCCCUGAAAGUGGGCAAUGUGACCAAGAUGCCAUAUCAGUUCUCCCCAAUUGGUCAGAGUUCACCCGGCGAUUUCAGCAAGCAUUCCGAUGGGAGCCUCUAUACUAAGAAUGCUUACCCCUCAAUAGUGAGGCACCAAACUGCAUCUAAGGCCCAGCCCCAGACAUGGAAAUCUUCCAAGCAGAGCAUGCUGUCCCACUACCGCCCUUUCUACGUGAACAAGGGCAAUGGAGUCACUUCCAACGAAGCUCCGUGAUCUCCGAAAUCCACGGGAGCGGCUGAUAAACACCGGAAACAAGAGUUUUCACAGAAUGCCCCUGCUAUUGUAUUAACCUUCCUGUGUUUUAAUCUUUUCAUUGUGUUUUUUUUAAGGGGAAAAGGGGAUUCUGGGUACAAGGUGUUGUAGUCAACAUCAUGUUGUGAUGGGAUCAACCACUGAAAACAACUGCCCUAACGCAAACCAAAACAUAUGUUGGGAAGUUGCUUUUUUUGGACUACAACUCCCAGAAUUCCCAGGCAACACACAAAAGUUUCUAAUCAUUUGUAUGCUCUUCAACACUUCAGACUAAAAUGUCAAGUUCUCAAUUGGGACAAAUGCCAUAAUGUGUUGCUCUCGUGUUGCUUGGGAGUUGGGUCUAUCCCAUUCAAUUCCUCCAAGGCCCAUGCUGGCUAUGGGAUUCUGGGAGUUGUAGUCCUCAAAUAGAAUUUCUCCAUGCAGUGAUCCCAUAUCUCCAUUAUAUCCCACAUUCCUGUUUCAGGAAGAGCUCUCUCAGCUUGCAUUCAUCUGCUUUCUUCCUCAGUUGGAGACCAAUGUCAUGAUACUGGAAGUUCUCAGCAUAACUAUCAUAUGUUAUGAAGCUUUGAGUGGUUUGCUUCCAAUGCAGCUUUGAUGGCCUCCAUACCCAUAGAUGCAAGGCUCAGAUUCAUACCAUCGUCUAUCCAUUUUUGGAGAAUUUCUCCAUGCAGUGAUCCCAUAUCUCCAUUCUAUCCCGCAUUCCUGUUUCAGGAAGAGCUCUCUCAGUUUGCAUUCAUCUGUUUCUUCCUCGGUUGGAGACCAAUGUCAUAAUACUGGAAGUUCUCAGCAUAACUAUCAUAUGUUAUGAAGCUUUGAGUGAUUUGCUUCCAAUGCAGCUUUGAUGCCCUCCAAACCCAUAGAUGCAAGUGAUUCCAUAUCUCCAUUCUAUCCCGCAUUCCUAUUUCAGGAAGAGCUCUCUCAGCUUGCAUUCAUCUGCUUUCUUCCUCGGUUGGAGACCAAUGUCAUGAUACUGGAAGUUCUCAACAUAACUAUCAUAAGUUAUGGAGCUUUGAGUGGUUUGUUUCCAAUGCAGCUUUGAUGCCUUCCAAACCCAUAGAUUCAUACCGUCGUCUAUCCAUUUUUGGACGACAUCUCCAAACCUUCUCCACCAUUAAUGGUCCUGGUUAGGAGAUGCAGUCCAACAACAUUUGGACAAUCUCAUAAUUAUUUCCAUAGCUGUACAAGCGCUAUACUGGAUCAUUAUAUUUGUUAACAUUAAUAUACAAAAAAUACACCAAUACUAACUAUGCUUUGGCAAUACCGCUCAGGUGGAAUUGAUAGCCGAAAGGUCCUCCGGUAGUCCAUUAACCCAUCUCCUGUCCCUGCCUCCAGCUCCCUUUUCAAAUUAAAGAAGAAAAAGGGGAAAAUCUAUCCCGCUAAUAGAAGAUUGAUUCGAUGCCUUAGCUCUUCCCUUUCCAUUGCUACCCUCAGCUAAUAUUGGCGGAUGCGUUUUGCUUCAGCUGUUCUGUUUUAUCUACCAGAAGGAUGGCUAUUGGUCAUUUUUGGAGAUAUAUUCUACAACACGCAUGCCGUGUUUGCGAGACAAAGGCGCCCGUGUUGGAGGCCUGCACAUAAACCAAACUAUUGCAAACUUAAGAGUCAGGGCAAGAUAAGAAUCAGGGUGACCCUUUGGAGCUACAGUCGCCAUGGGAACCAUUUUUCCUAGAAUUGGAACCUAAGGAUGAAAAUCUUUUGACUAUUAUUUCACCAUCCAUAGUCGUUUCCUUCCUGCUGCAGGGAAGAAGAAAAAACAUUUCUAAUAUUUGAAAAUGAAUAUUGAGCACAAUCUCCUUUACAAAGUAAUGCACAGUCAACAAUAAAGAAGCAAAAAAGAAGACAGAAAAGGGGAAAACAGACAUAGAAUGAAUACAGUUGGCAGUCCACAUUUUCUUUAUGGGAAUGCUAUCAUGUUCUCUUAUUUUUGGUGAAAAAUGGAGAGAAGUGUCUUCAUGACAUAGGGAAAAUAACUAGUUCUCAUGAUAAUUCAUUCUAGACUAUACAGACAUAUGUACAGUACACACACACACAUAUAUACAUAUAGUACGUAAAGGUAAAGGUUUUCCCCUGACAUUAAGUCUAGUCAUGUCCAACUCUGGGGAGUUGGUGCUCAUUUCCAUUUCUAAGCCGAAGAGCCAGUGUUGUUCAUAGACACCUCCAAAGUCAUGUGGCCAUUGGCAUGACUGUACAGAGCGCUAUUACCUUCCCACCAGAGCAGUACCUAUUGAUCUACUCAAAUUAGCAUGUUUUCGAACUGCUAGGUUGGCAGAAGCUGGGGCUAACAGCGGGAGCUCACCCUGCUCCCUGGAUUUGAACCGCCGACCUAUAUAUAUGUAUAUGUGUGUGUGUAAAGUAAACUGAAACUUGCAACCCUAUAAAAUACUUCCACAGUAGGAAAGUCUAACGAACUCAGUGACAUACAUCCAUAAAGAAUUGGGCUGAAUAUAUAUAUAUAUAUAUAUAUAUAUAUAUAUACACAGUAGAGUCUCACUUAUCCAAGCCUAGCUUAUCCAAGCUUCUGGAUAAUCCAAGGCAUUUUUGUAGUCAAUGUUUUCAAUAUAUCGUGAUAUUUUGGUGCUAAAUUCAUAAAUACAGUAAUUACAACAUAGCAUUAUUUCGUAUUGAACUACUUUUUAUGUCAAAUUUGUUGUAUAACAUGAUGUUUUGGUGCUUAAUUUGUAAAAUCAUAACCUAAUUUGAUGUUUAAUAGGCUUUUCCUUAAUCCCUCCUUAUUAUCCAAGAUAUUCACUUAUCCAAGCUUCUGCCGGCCCGUUUAGCUUGGAUAAGUGAGACUCUACUGUAUAUUGCCAUUGUGAGAGCAAAAUUGAGAUCGGAAUGUUUGCUUAUUGUUGCUUUGAAAGCUCUUGUGCACGUUAAACAUGAUACUUAUACUUAUGACCGCAAAUACAUCUACACCAGGCAUGAGCCAAUUUGGGCCCUCCAGGUGUUUUGGACUUCAACUCCCACAAUUCCUAACAGCCGGUAGGCUGUUAGGAAUUGUGGGAGUUGAAGUCCAAAACACCUGGAGGGCCCAAGUUGGCCCAUGCCUGAUCUACACUGCAGACUUAAUGCAGUUUGACACCUUUUAACUGCUUUGGUUCAAUGCUAUGGUAGAUGACAGUUUUAGAAGGUCUUUAGCCUUCUCUGCCAAGGAGUGUCCAAUGCACCAGCAAACUACAAAUCUCAUGGCUCCAUAGUAUUUAGGUGUGGCAGUUAAAGUUGAUUCACUGCCCAGCUUUUAAAGCUAUAUAGAAAAAAACGGAAAUAAUUUAUAUUCCAUUUUAUUUACAAACUGGCUUGGGGCCAGCAUUGCUUGGCCGGGUUAACCCCAGUACUUAAAGUUGGGUAUGUUGGGCAAGUUUGCUGUAGAUGUAUCAUGGGUGGGCUUCAGUGUGAUCACUGGCUGUAGGGUAAACUACAACUCCCACUAUGGUGAGUCAGUCCACUCAAACCCCUACAGUAGGUUGAGAUAGUCUUAAGGGAUCUGUGUGCCAAGUUUGGUCCAGGUCCAUCACCAGUGGAGGUCAUAGUUUCUCUGGUUUUGGGUGAACUAUAACUCCCAUAUAUAGUUAUAUAUAUGGUUAUAGUUAUAACUAUAACUAUAACUCCCCAAACCUCUCCAGUAAUCAAUUUUCAGCAAUAUCAGCUAUGUGUGCGAAGUUUGGUCCAGAUCCAUCAGUGUUUGGGUUCGCAGUGCUCUCUGGAUGUAGGUGAACUACAACUCCUCCAAAUCAAGGUGAAUUUCCAUCAAAGACCUCCAGUAUUUUUUGCUGGUCAUGAGGGCUCUCUGUGCUGUUAGUUCCAGGUCCAUCUUUGUUUCAGAGUCCUCAUUGAUGGUUAUUGCCUUGCUCACAGAGAAGGUAUAAAGCGGUAUCUAUCCAUCCACCUUGCACGAGCACCUGAGUUUUUGCAAAGCUUGCUUUGUAUAUUGUAAAACUGUCAUCCUAGCAAAGGUAGAAUAGUACAAGACAGAAGAAAUAAAUGUUUUGUAACGCUUUGUGAGACCAUGCCUUGUGGCGGCGAGGUCAAUUGAUCUUUCGAGAGUCGCUUGAUCCUGAAAAGGGACACGCUUUUAAACAUUCACUUUCAAUGUCUUGGAUAUUGGGAGGAAAACCAAUAAUUGCAGCUUGAGGUGUAAAUCUAAUUUUAGCCUGAAUCGGAGGAGACCUGAUUAGAUCAAUGGAGCUUAUAUAAGGGGCAAUUGAGACGAUCUUUUCAAUGCAUCUGCUCUGGAUAAGACUGAAAUUGGGUUACGGCAAGAAUAUGUUCUUCUUUUAUAAAACGUCGAGUUGGGUUCUGCAGGGAUGAAAUUACACUGCUUCCUUCUGGCACUCAUGACAAAAAUGUGAGAGUGCUCCAGAGCAUGUACAGAUAGUGUCUUUGAGUUUACAGUCUUUGAUAUAAAGCAGACAUGGGCAAACUUGGGUCCUCCGGGUGUUUUGGACUGCAACUCCCACCAUUCCUAACAGCCUCAGGCGGGAGUUGCAGUCCAAAACACCCGGAGGACCCAAGUUUGCCCAUGCCUAGUGUAGAUGCACCCACAAUCAAUGUAAACAGUAUCAAUACUCCCAGCAAAUGCUGAUGUUAGCCAUUCCUUCUUCCUUUAGAAGAAUUAAAAUUGAGAUAAAUGGGGCUGGGUGGAAGGAAGAAUCCCAAGUGAUUAUUUUGUAUGUUAAUUCUGCUUCUAAAACGGCUGUUUUUGUACACUUUAGCGCUGCUAAUGCAUACACUUGCCUUGACGUUGUCACAUCCCGAGCUUUCGGAGAGAACUGGGGGCACAGCUUUAUAAAACACCUUCCGUGACAAGUUAAAUGUUAAUUUCCUUAAACGUGUUGUUCUUGAAUACUGUUUCGCUUUGUCUCUGAAAACAGAGUGUUAGAAUAAAAAAAAUAUGUCUUCAA